CGCCUUAUGUUUGUUGUCUUUUCUUAUUGAUUGAAUGUUUGUUAAUUUCUAAUUAUUGAUUAUUGAUUCGUUUGUUAUUUAAUUUAAUUUUCUCGUUGAAUUUGUUUAAUUGUCAAUUUGACGAGUAGUUAUUUAGAAUGGACAAGUUAAGAAGAGCGUUAAGUGGUGAUGAUGCUUCAGAGGAUCAAGGAUUUGCUACUCAGCUUGGCGAGGCAACUUCAUUAAGCUGGUCAACCCGGAUCCAAGGUUUUAUCAUAUGUUUCAUUCUUGGUUUUGUUUUCUCCAUCAUUGGUUCACUUUUCUUGGCCUUACCCGGUAAAGGAUUAGUACUUUUCGCCAUGUUUUACACUAUUGGUAAUCUAACCUCAAUGGCGUCUACUCUUUUCUUGAUGGGACCAUGGAAACAAUUAAAGAAAAUGUUCAAUGAAACUCGUUACAUUGCCACAAUUUUGGUUGUUGUAUUUAUGGUACUCACAUUGGUCUCCGGUCUUCAUUGGCAUAAAACUGGACUUACUGUUUUACUUUGUAUCUGUCAAUUUCUAUCAAUGACUUGGUAUUCAAUCUCAUAUAUACCCUACGCUCGAGAUAUGGUCAAGAAAACAGUAACCACUUUUGUAGCCUAAAGUAAAGGAAAUCAUGAUGACAAUCAAAUUAAUCAACUUCCAGCAAACAAGACUAAUUGAUCAUCAUAAACAAGCCGCGUAUAAAUAUUAUAAUAGCUAAUGAUCUUCAUCAACAUUUUUUGGAUCUUCAAAUUUUUACAAUUUCUAUUUAUUAUCACCUAUUUAUCUUAUCAAUUUUAUGACCAAUUUAACUGAUCAAUUGUCCAGCCUCGAUCAAUUAUCUCGCCUUAGUCAAAAAUAUCCACAAGGAUCCAAAGAUGAACGGAUAAAUUUUCCUCAAAUCUCUCCACAUGUCCACAAGAAUACAAUCAAUAAUGGUUUAUAAAAUUGUCCUGUAAAUAUUUGAUUAAUUACUGCACAACAACAACAACAAUCAACAAUCAACAAAACAUAUAAUUAUACCUCGGGACCAAAAACAACAAAAUUGGGGUCAAAACUUUUAUUCCAAUCACAUUGAAAACAAAUUUUUGUUAUGAUUGAGAUGACAAUUAAGAUGCGAUAACUGUUUCUUAGAAAUUGUUUAUUACUCUCAUAUGAUUAACUCUUAAUUGUCGAAAUAAUUUCUCCAGAAAAAAAUCAAACAAACAAAUAAUUAUUAAUGAUUCGAUUACUAAUAAUAUAACUAUUAAUAUUAUCAGAAUACAACAUUUC